UUCUAAGAGCUGGCAACACUGCCAUUGUGACGUCACAUGAAAUAGGCUGACGACACCUUUUUAGACUUCGUAAUAAAAUAAUUUUCAGUGGUAUUUCGUAGUGUUUCUAUGGUUUAUAGUGAUUUUGAACAAACGUAAACUUUAAAUUAACUCAGUGUUGUGUUAAAAUUUCACUCGGUGCGAUGGGCCACCAAUAAUUUUAGUGACAACGAGUGAUGAAGGAAAAAGAAAAUGGCUGCCUUCGAACGCAUGUUGUUAACCCGAAAACAUAUAAUGAUAAAUGACAGAUACAACCUUAUUCGCAAAAUCGGCGGUGGCAGCUUUGGGGACAUAUUUUUAGCCAUAUACGUUAACGAUGGAGAGGAGGUAGCAGUGAAGAUAGAAUCUAUAAAGGCGCGACACCCACAACUUCUCUAUGAAAGCCGAGUGUAUAAGAUGCUCCAAGGGGGCAUCGGCAUACCACACAUAAGAUGGUACGGCUACGAGAAGGACCACAACAUCCUGGUGAUGGACCUGCUAGGUCCCUCACUGGAGGACCUCUUCAACUUCUGCUCGCGCCAGUUCACGAUCAAGACUGUUCUCAUGCUGGCAGAUCAAAUGCUGGGUCGCGUGGAGUUUAUCCACUGCAAGUGUUUCAUCCACCGCGAUAUAAAGCCGGACAACUUCCUGAUGGGCAUCGGGCGCCAUUGCAACAAGCUCUACAUGAUCGACUUCGGCCUCGCCAAGAAAUACAGGGACCUGCGCACGCGCACCCACAUCACCUACCGCGAGGAUAAGAAUCUAACCGGCACGGCUCGGUACGCCUCGAUAAACGCCCACCUCGGCAUCGAGCAGUCGCGGCGGGACGACAUGGAGUCUCUCGGAUACGUACUUAUGUAUUUCAACAGAGGCUCGCUGCCAUGGCAAGGGCUGAAGGCGAUCACUAAGAAGCAAAAGUACGAGCGAAUUAGUGAGAAAAAGAUGUCCACGCCCGUUGAGGUGCUCUGUAAGGGAUUCCCGGCUGAGUUUGCGAUGUAUUUAAAUUACACCCGCGGAUUGACCUUCGACGAGGCUCCUGAUUACAUGUAUCUGAGACAGCUGUUCCGCAUCCUGUUCCGCACGAUGAACUACCAGUACGACUACACGUUCGACUGGACGAUCCUGCGGCAGCGCAAGCAGCACAUGGAGGCCGGCGCCGCGCCCGCCGACCGCCGCUCGCCCUCCGUGCAGCGCCGCGCCCAGCAGCAGCCCUCGCAGCCGCCGCCUAACAACGAGUGAAAGAGAUUACGACGUUCGGCAGCCCCGGGUGGACCGGCGAAGAAGAGAGCGCGAUAGCAUUAGUGUGUGUGCGUGCGUGUGUGUGUGUGCGUGUGCUCGGGAUGCGAGACGCGCGCCGCGUGAGCAGCUCUCGGCGGCCGAACGCCUCAAUGACAACGGACUUGCUUUGUUUCGAUAUAGAGGCCUUUCGUUAGCCACAGCCUAUCUAUAACUUCAUACAGACGGUCACGCUGACUGCCUGCUACAUUGUUACAAGACUCUGUUCGUCCAGGCCAGCGCGUUCUAAUCUUAAAUGCGUACGACAUUUGACAUUUUAACGGCGUUUAAUUUAUUGUGUUCGUCAUGAUGACGGUAGUAACCGCUGUAUGAAAUAGGUAGCUAAACUGUGGUCAUGUUAUCGAGAACCACCAACACAGUGAGUGGUACAUAUUAUGAUCUUUCUGUGUAAGCACAGAUCUAUUCGUCUUUUUUUAAUGUAUAAUAUUUAACUGUAAAUUACAUUACAGAUGUUGAUACAAUUACACUAGGAAAAUAUUCAUUAAUAAUUCAGUUUGUAGUUAUGUAACUCAAUGAUUGUUUAGUUUUUGAUGUUAGUUUUCUAAUUAGCCUAGUGUUCACAUAUUCCUACGUCGGUUGUAUUGCAAUCUGUUCUCUGUACAUUUGUGAAUUGUGUUUGAAAUACAGCCGGCGAUACGGCGCGGUAAAUGAAUAUUGGCUAGAAUUGUUCAUUAAAUUUGCUGAUUUCUAAUGAAUAAUGUAGUGUAACAAACGUGAAAAAAUGGUAAAAACUAAAAAAAAAGAUACGAAACAUGUGGUAGCAACUAAGUGAAUUGAUUCCCUGCCGUUUGAAACGCACCGUGUCAACUAAACGGACAUAGAUGUAAGGUUACUUUACUACAUGGCUUUCAUUUUGGCAUAUUUCACUUAUAAAUUGUAAAUAGACAUAGAUAGGGCGCGUUUCAAGGGUACUCUGGUACGGCGGUAUAUCUUAUUCGAAGAUUAUAAAAUUGUAAAUAUAUAAGCUAGUAAACUUGUUUUAAUCACUACAUAUUUUUUUAAGAAAGCACUAAUUGAAUUUGAUUUGUGGCGUAUUGUGAUACUGCGUGUAAUGUAUUGAACGGCGGUUUUUAGCGGGGAUGGUCGCGAGAAAUGCCACCUCGUCAGUAAUACUGGCUCUACUUAUAGCGCCGUAUGUCAUACAAUGUGGACGGAACAGACGCUCUGGCUCAGGGCUCGUGGUGUUUCUCGCAGAUUCCUGUUAAAAGCCCAACCGGGGCUGCGUUCUCUGGUUUUCUUUAUUUAUACACAAGACUACAGAUCCGUGACUUGAAUGUAUUUCAUUUGAGGUUAUAUCCUCAGUUUUUCUAAUGAAAAACAUUCCAGUGACUAUUUAAACUGUAUUGACAAGACUUACACGGAACCUCUUCAAUAAUAUUCUAAUUUUUAUACAAGCUUCCUUUGCAUAUGAUGUAUUUAUGAAUGCUGAAGCAAUAUAUCCCGUUAAAAUAGAAAACUCAGUCGCAUGUAGUCUCGGCCUGACACGCCGACGCCGUCUAAAUAUUUUUAUAAACGAUAACUGAACAAUGCUUCCAUAGUUUGAAUGCUAGAAGUAUCAUAAUACACCAUGUUUUAAUUAUAAGACAUAACUUUAAGUUUCCGGGAAUGAUUAGUGCGAGCGAUGUGUGAGCGAACAAAUGGAGACAAAAUUGUAUUAACUUUUAGUUCAUCAUGUAUAGUUACAAUGUUGGUAUGCUUGACCACAGUGAGUGAUAAUAUGGAUCUCAUUCCUUGCAAAAUCUGUUUAUUUCGAGACUCAGUAACACUGGUUCAGGACUAACAAGACACGGUAUUUUGUCUCCAGUUGUGUGUAUACUCAGUGUGUCAACACUCUAUAAAUUAAUAAACAGUAAUAAACUA